AUAAUUUACCCACUUACGGAGUGAAGAUCAAAAGGUUGUCAUAGCGACGGUCAAACAAGAUGGCCGCUGUCUCUCAAUUUUAAAGUUGACACUUCAAACUGUUUGCUUUUCCUCUGUUGUUUAAAUACGUCAUAUCGACCGCUGCUGUUCAGGACAAGCGUUGAGUUUAUUCAGUGUCUCCCGAGGAACGCAACAACGAGGUUCUGGUUAUUUUCCACUGGCAAACGCAGAGGGAAAAGACCGAAAAUCGUCGACAUGGCGGAGGAAGAAAGUGUUAAGGUGGCCGUCCGGGUUCGGCCUUUCAACAAGCGCGAGAAAGCCCGCAACUCCACGCUGAUCGUGGAGAUGAAAGGUGCAACCACAGUCCUGAAUGACCCAAGCGGUGAGAACGAUCCAAAGCGCUUCACGUUCGACUACAGCUACUGGUCCCAUGAUAGCUUUAAAGAGGAGGCUUCUGGGUACCUGGCACCGGCAAAACCUCACUAUGCUGAUCAGAACAUGGUGUUUAAGGAUGUAGGAAUGGGGGUUCUGGCCAAUGCCUGGGAAGGGUACAACUGCUCACUGUUUGCGUACGGUCAGACAGGAUCCGGCAAGUCGUGGUCCAUCGUAGGAUAUGGACCAAAUAAAGGUAUCGUGCCCCUGUUCUGUGACAAACUCUUUGUGCAGAUUGGUGAAAAAACAGCAGGAGGAGAAACAGCAUCGUUUGAGGUUGAGUUCAGUAUGCUGGAGAUCUACAAUGAACAAGUCAGGGACUUGCUGAACCCCGCCUCAAAGAGAAAAGGAGGCCUCAAGGUCCGCCAGCAUCCCAAACUGGGCUUCUAUGCUGACGGCUUGAAGACGGUAGCGGUCAGCAGCUACCAGGAUAUCGAGAACAGGAUGGAGGAGGGGACCAAGAACCGUACGGUCGCCGCCACCAACAUGAAUGCCACGUCCAGCCGUGCGCACACCAUCGUGGGUAUCAAGUUCACACAGAAGUACCAGAAUGCAGCGGGGGAGGAGACGGCAAAGAGCUCUGUCAUCAACCUGGUGGACUUGGCUGGAAGUGAGAGAGCUGAGAGCACAGGUGCGACAGGAGACAGGCUGAAGGAAGGGGCAGCCAUCAACCAAUCGCUGUCCUCCCUUGGCAAUGUCAUCUCAGCCCUGGUGGAUAAGGCCAAUGGGAAGAAGGUUCGGGUGCCGUACCGUGACUCCACACUGACUAAACUGCUGAAGAAUGCUCUGGGAGGGAACAGCAAGACUAUCAUGAUUGCAGCUAUCAGCCCUGCAGAUAUCAACUAUGAUGAGACCUUAUCAACCCUCAGAUAUGCUGACCGAGCAAAGCAGAUCAAGACAAAGGUGGCAGUGAACGAGGACCCGACAGAGAAACUGAUCCGUGAGCUUCAGGAGGAGAAUGAGAAGCUGAAGAAACUCCUGGAGUCUGGAGGAAUCCCAACUAAACUGGACGAUGAUUCUGAUGAUGAAGACGAGGAAGAUGUUAAGUCACUGUCCAAGGAUGAGCGUGAGAGAAUCCGUAAGGAGAUGGAAGAGGAGAUGCAGGCCCGAAUCCUGGCCUCCCAGCAGGAGAUGGAGGAGAUGAAGAAGACCUGGGAGGAGAAAAUGAAGCAGAGCCAUGAGUCGGGUCCCGUCGUGCCAGAUGCUGGAGCCGCCAGGAAAGAGAAGGAAACCACGCCGCACCUGUACAACCUGAACGUGGACCCACAGCUGACGGGGAUGAUCGUGCACCUGCUGAAGCCUGGAGAGCACCUGGUGGGCAGCAGCAACGAGGAGUCAGGAGAGACACCUUGCAUUCUGCUCAAGGGACUCAAUAUCCAGCCUCAUCAUGCUGCACUUAUAGUGGAGGGAGGCAAAGUGUACCUGGACCGCUGCCAGACCAGCCCUGACGCCAAGAUCAUGGUCAACGGACAGCCACUCACUGAGAAGGAGGAACUGGACCAUAAUGACAGAAUUCUGUUUGGAGCGAACCAUCUGUACAUCUUUGCUGACCCCAAACAAGCCGGUGGCAAGAAGAGUCCAGCUAUGACAUACGAGGAGGCUCAGGCCGAGAUCAACCAGAACUCAGGAUUUGUCGUGGGCAAACCUGACUCACUCGGUGGUUCGUCACUCGAUGAGCUGAUCCUGCAGGAUGACCUUGUGGAGGUGCUACCAGCGAUAGAACAGGCCAACACCAUGAGCGAGGAGAUGGACAAGAAGGUCAAGUUCGAGGUUGCCAUCAUCCCAGCCAAGAAAAUGGGGAUUGUCGGAAGUGAGACAGAGCCACCCCAAAGGAGACCCCCUGAGGUACUAUCGACCAACAGGGUGAUGGUGAAGAUGAGGAAUGUAGAGUUGGGGCUGGAGUACCUGUGGACCAAGGCCAAGUUCAUGAACAGGAAGUACCUGAUGGACGAGAUGUACGAAAGCUUCAGUGAUGGAGAGGACAUCAACUGGCCUGAUGAGAGGGACCCCUUCACUGAACCCCCUGACCAUGAGGAGAUGAUUGGAGCCCUGCAUAUCUACCUGGAGAGCAUUGCUUACAAGAUCGAGGCCAAAGAACAGCUGGAUUUGACCAACAUCAAGGGCAUUGAAGUGGGCAAACUCAAUGUGGAACUGUGGCCAUGUACCCAGACAGGCAAGGUGCUGAGGGAUGAAGAUGCCUUUGUUGAUGACCCAGAGACAGAUCUGAAGGGACAACCUAUUGCCUUCAAAGUCAAGAUCCUCAAUGCUCGAGGACUUCCUGAUCGCUUUGUUGACAUUUACUGCAAGUUCAAAGUGUACACCAUGGAGCCCUACCAAACACAGGUGAUCAAGAAAGCCAUCAACCCGGACUUUAAGUUUGAGCAACUCAUCAGCUUCAACGCUGUUGACAAACUGGAGCUGGACUACCUGCUGAAUGGCUCCAUCUUUGUGCAGCUGUUUGGGAAGCAGGUGCCAAAGAAACGUGAGGGGAAGAAACUCAACACCAAACAGAUCAUGAAGAAGGAGGGCAUGCUGAAGGGGAAGGACAUUGGAGCUGAAAAUGUGCCCAAGCAUACUGUGGAUGAAGGCAAGGUUGGGUAUCAGUUCCAGGUUUUGACGCUCAAGAAGAGACUGGAAAGGCUGGAGAAGAAGAUGGCCCAGAUGAACAGAGUGGUGGAUGUGGCAGAGAAGUCUAGUAAGAUGCGUGUGAAGACGGACACUAUUAAGACGGUUCUUCGUGCCAAGAACCCUGACGCUAUAGAGAAAGCCAUCAAGACAAUUCCAAAGGACAAGGGGGCAGGAGACAAUGGUAAGAAUUAGAAGGGGUAAAUGGCCAGCCACAAAGCCAAGAAAGUGCCGCCUGUACCCUCCUGUAAAUUACAAAGAUGUACUGCACCAAUGAGAGUGAAUAACCUUUCUGUUCCUAGCCCUGUAAAUAUAAACUAGAGAGUCUUACAUAGCACAUAAAAUAUGUUAAUUGAAAACUCUCCAAAGAUCAGCUGAGCAUAAUUCUCUCUGACUGUUUUCUGUUUUGAGAAAAAUUCUUAUAUGUUUGUGUGGCCUUUCACAUUUCCAGUGCAUCCACAUGUAAAUCAUGUAUGCAGGUUGUACACAUAAUGCUAAGAAAACCCAGAGCCAAUAUUUCUUUCAUUAUUUAAGCUGCACUCUUUGUAUGUGUCUGAUGCAAACUGCUUUCAGAAGGGAAGCUAAAUAUAUAAGGCAUUGUGAUCUGAUGGUAGAUUGGCUAAUUAUCAAAUAAACUCUUGUUUAUAGAGGCUAAGCUUGUAAAUAUGUACACACAGAGAAAUACUCAUGCAUACAUGCAGAUUGUGGUUAAGUAUAUGAUAAUGUAAAUAUUGACAUACAUUAUAAUGAUACUAGGAAAGAAAACAUGUUUUUGCAUUAAAUAAUGGGCGACACCAAGGAGCUGAAUUGCGCAAACACACACAUAUUUUAGAAGUAUCUUUUAAAGACAGUGUAUUUUUGUACGUGAAAUGAUCUCAGUUUACAUCAGAGUGCAUUUUAUGAGAUUUUUUUUGCAUUGAUAUUAACUGUGUGAAGUGAGAUAAGAACGUAAAAAGUUGACAAUAAAUAAAUGAUGUGUUUUGUAAACUA